AUGACUGUUCCAGCAACAACAACCACCACCACUACGUCAUCUUCGCAACAAUCUAAACCAGGCAAACUUCCAGGAAGAGAGUUGUAUAACACCAUAGGCAAACCUAAAACUAUUGUAGCGCCAAUGGUGGACCAAUCAGAACUAGCUUGGAGAAUACUAUCACGCAAGUACGGAGCUGAUUUAUGUUAUACACCCAUGUUUCAUGCUCGAUUAUUUGUAACUAGCGACAAGUAUCGUCAAAGCAUGUUUAAUGAUCAAGAUGGGGAUCCCAAGUACGAUCGUCCUUUAGUUGUUCAGUUUUGUGCUAAUGACCCUGAAAUUUUGUUACAAGCCGCCAAACUCGUCGAAAACCAAUGCGAUGCCGUUGAUUUGAAUUUAGGAUGUCCACAAGGUAUUGCCAAAAAAGGUAAAUAUGGGUCAUUUUUAAUGGAUGAUUGGGGGUUAGUGCACAGUUUGAUUAAAAAGCUCCAUGACAAUUUAUCUAUCCCGGUUACUGCCAAGAUCAGAGUAUAUGAUGAUUAUGAUAAAUCGCUACAAUAUGCCCAAAUGGUCUUGGAUGCAGGGGCUCAAUUUCUCACCGUGCACGGAAGAACAAGAGAAAUGAAGGGACAAAAUACAGGACUAGCCAAUUGGAAAAUUUUAAAACACCUUCGUGAUAAGUUACCACAAGAUCAAGUAUUUUUCGCCAAUGGAAAUAUCUUGUAUUCUUCUGAUUUACAACGGUGUCAGGAUGAAACGAAUUGUGACGCAGUAAUGUCAGCCGAAGGGAACUUGUACAACCCAGGUGUAUUUUGUACCAAGACAGAUGAUAUAGAUAUGCAAUUUCCUCGAGUCGAUAAAAUCUUGCGUCAGUAUUUUGAAAUUGUCAAAUCGGUUGAUCCUCACCCUGCAUCGCGACAUUCAAUGAAGUCCCAUUUUUUCAAGUUGAUGCACGAGUUUUUAAAUGUGAGGACGGAAUUACGACCCAUGAUUGGCAAAACUAGUGUACAUUCCUCAUUAGAUGAAUGGGAAAAGAUUGUUGAAGAGGUUGAGAGAAUAGUUAAAGAGGAGAUUCGUACAUUGCCAAAUUUUAAUGAUUUGGAUGUAGUUAUUGAUGGUGAAUUACAAAUUUGGGGUGGCUUAUACAAGACUGUGCCUUAUUGGCGAUGCCAGCCAUAUUUCAGAAAAGUUGAUGGUGAAAGACAAAAUACUAGGUUGUUGAAAGUUGCAGGUGAAAAUGAUUUGAUGGUUACUUCAAAUGAGGCUAAGGAGAAGUUGCUUAAGCGUGAAUUAGAAGGAGAAGGAGAAGGAGAUGAGGGUGGUAGUGUUAAGAAGAAACAAGCUACGUAA